CUUUUGAUUGGUAAAUGGUAAUAAGUAGGAAAAUGAACCGAUAAUAAUCACUGUCAUUCACUUCACUUCUACUCUUUCUUGAAUGUCAGCGUUUACACCCCCAUUUAUUUCUGCUUCUCCAUCAAAUCUUGUAAUUUCCAAAAAUGUCAUCAUCGGAAAACUGCAAUUCUCGACACUUUUCAUGGCUAACAAAAUCAUGUUUCCCAGAUUCUCGACAAUACAAUCCAAGCCAUCAACUCCACUAUCCGCCACAUCGUCCAACCUCAUUAUCUUCUCUCCCUGAUGACAUUUUGGUCGAAAUCAUAUCUCGUGUUCCUCGAUCUUCAUUACCAUCAAUCUCCGUCGUCUGCCGUCGUUGGUCUUAUUUAAUCGACUUUUCUCAAUUCUAUAGCCUCCGUCGCCACCGUGGUCUUCUUCAUUUUGCAGUCUUUGUGUUAUCUUUUUCGGAUUCUGGGUUUAUUGCGGCCACAUAUGAAUUAGCUAAUCACACUCGGUGGACCACCACGACAACCUCGUUGUCGUGUCGGACUAGUGGGUACAAUGAUGUGGGUGGCUUGUCGUCCCACGCGCGGCUUGCGGCGAUUGGGAGAUGGGUUUAUGUAAUUGGGAAAACUAGUAUGCUCCGGUGUGAUGCGUGGACUGGGACGGUUAUACCCAGAUCGAAAAUGUCGGUUUUGAGAAAGAAGUUCGCGGUUGCGGUUGUCUCCGGAAAAAUCUACGUCGCCGGCGGGUCUAGUAGAACGGCGGUAGUAGAGGAGUAUGACCCAGAAAGGAAUUCGUGGCGCGUGGUGUGUCACGCGCCAAGGAUGCGUUACGGGUGUAUUGGUGCAGCGGUGGACGGAGUCAUGUACGUGAUUGGUGGGUUGAAGAUAGGUGGCGCGUGUAAUGAUGACACGCGCGUUGGAGCACGCGCUUCUGCUAGUGGUGGAGCUCAUGUUUAUGCUAGCUCAAUGGAUUUGUAUGAUGUGGCGGCACGAAGGUGGUUGAGAACUCGUGCGGUGCCUGGCGGUGGUUGUGUGGUGGCAGCGUGUGCUUAUGGGGAUUACGUUUACGUUUUGGCUAGCCACGCGGUUGAGCUUUCCUUUUGGAGGUUUAACGGGUGUAGAGGCGCAGGGUUUGGAGAGUGGUCUCGGUUGAAAAGUCCACCAUUGCCAACGCAAGUUAGGCUAGACGGAACGGUGAGAUUUAGUUGCGUAGGGGUGGGGGAUGAUAAGGUGGUGUUGAUACAAAUAAUGGGUUGUAUUGAUGAUUUGUUAAGGAGGAGUGGGCGGAGUAUUAGAGGAGUGAAAGAAGCUUUGGUGUUGGUUUAUGAUUCCACGGGUGACGGAGAAUGGAGUAGAGGGCCAGAUUUGCCGGAUUUGGUUAGACGCGCCGCCUGUGCGUGUGUGGAAUGGUAAAGGUACUAGUAGUUGCGUAGUGUGAAAGUUUCAAUGGAAUCUGUUGACAAAUUUGUCCAUCCUAUUUGAAGAUUGGCUAAAAGGAACAUGUUGGAUAUUGUGUCAAAGCAUGUGACUUUCUUUAUAAGGGCAAUAUUGUACUUUGAAAUGUUGCGACAAUUACCAUAUGCUUUAGUGCGUUACUUAAUUGAAUUUUGAUGUACUUGUAAUUCUGUUACUUAUGUAGUUUUUAUUCUUAGUAAGAUUGUGAGAACAUUAAAUAUUUAAAUCCCAAAA